UUUCAAAUGAUUAAUUAAAUGGUUGCCAACUAACUCACACGCAAUAGGACUAUUAACUAUUGGCGCCGUGAUUAGUCGUGACAACCAAUACUUCAUUCAUCCUGUCAUUUUAUUGUUUCAUACGACACCGUUUUAUUGGUCCAGUUAUAUUUCUUUAUUUGCUGAAAUUGGCCCCUUGGCUCUUCCAUGCUUCAUAUUUUCAACCACUCCACCGCAUCGUUUCCUUCGCUGGCGGCUGCCUAAAAAAAGCCUUGAACUUCACAGAGAGAGAGAGAGAGAGAGAGAGUCACCAUGGAUAAGCAAGUGUGCCGGAAAACAGAGGCCAAGCCAAUACGAUGCAGGGCCGCCGUGUGCCGGGGAGCGGGGGAGCCUCUGGUGAUUGAAGAGGUGGAGGUGGCGCCGCCGAUGCCUCACGAAGUUCGGAUUCGAAUCAUCUGCACAUCUCUAUGUCACAGCGACGUCACUUUUUGGAAAAUGAAAGAUCCUCCUGGUUGUUUUCCUAGAAUUUUCGGCCAUGAAGCUGUUGGGGUAGUGGAGAGCGUGGGGGAGAAGGUGGAAGAGGUGGAGGAAGGAGACGUAGUAAUCCCAACGUUCUUAGCAGAAUGCAGAGAAUGCGAAGACUGUGUGUCAGAGAAGAGCAACCUGUGCUCAAAGCUGCCCUUCAAGGUGUCGCCAUGGAUGGCGAGGGAAGAGAGUAGCAGAUUCAGGGACAUGAAUGGAGAAGUGUUGUACCAUUUUUUAUUCGUCUCCAGCUUUAGCGAGUACACGGUAGUCGACAUCGCCAAUGUCACCAAAAUUCACCCUGCAAUUCCGCCCAACAUGGCAUGCCUCCUCAGUUGCGGCGUCUCGACGGGAGUUGGAGCUGCUUGGAGAACAGCAAAUGUGGAAAAAGGAUCAACAGUUGCAAUAUUCGGCCUGGGAGCAAUUGGAUUAGCAGUUGCAGAGGGAGCUAGACUUUGUGGAGCAGCUAGGAUUAUUGGUGUGGAUGUCAACCCUGACAAAUUUGAAAUUGGUAAAAAAUUUGGAGUGACAGAGUUAAUAAACCCAAGAGAUUGUGGAAAUAAAAGUUCAAGUCAAGUAAUUAACGAGAUGACUAAUGGGGGUGCAGACUUUUGCUUUGAGUGUGUGGGUUUGGCAUCUUUAGUACAAGAAGCAUUUGCGUGUUGCCGAAAGGGUUGGGGAAAGACAGUUGUGCUAGGGGUAGACAGACCAGAGGCACAAUUGAGCAUAAAUUCUCUAGAUGUACUUGAAAGUAAGAAAAUCCUCACCGGAUGUUUGUUUGGUGGACUCAAAGCUAAAUCUGAUAUUCCAAUUCUUGUGAAAUGGUAUAUGGACAAGGAGUUGCAAUUAGAUGAAUUUAUUACACAUGAAGUGAGAUUUGAAGAUAUAAACAAAGCUUUUGAUUUACUUCUGGGAGGACAAAGCCUACGCUGCAUUAUAUGGAUGGACAAAUAAGUUAAUUAUCUGCUCACAAAGUAUGGAGUUUGAACUUUAGAUUUGAAUUUAUAUAAACUUGAAUAAAGUGUAAUAUAAAAUUGCAUUGACCUUUUUUUUUUUUUGAGAUUUACAAAAAUUAAAAUCAUAAGUUCGAAACUCAUGCUCUUAAAUACGAUUGAAUGUUCUCCCGA